AUGAAGGUCCUCAUCACCGGUGCAGGCGGCUUCGUAGGCCAGAUCCUCGCAAAAAAGCUCGUUGAAACCAACACCGCGACGUCCCUCAUCCUCGCAGACGUAAAGGAGCCCUCCAAUCCCACGACUGCAAAGGACGUCACAUGCACUGCCUCAGAUCUCACUCAACUCUCCGCAUGCGAGGCUUUGAUCGCGCAGUCACCUGAUGCCGUCUACAUCCUGCACGGUAUCAUGUCGAGCGGGUCCGAGGCCAAUCUCGAACUCGGGCUCAAAGUAAAUUUUGAAUCUGUGCGCCAGCUGCUUGAUGUCAUCCGCACCAAGCGCCCAGGCAUCAAAGUCGUCUUCACGUCGUCGUGUGCCGUGUUUGGCCGCAAAGCCGUGGAGAAUGUGGCGACGGAGACAGAUAUAGUCCCGAUGCCGGAGUCGAGCUACGGGACGCAGAAACUCAUGAUUGAGUUCUUGCUCAAUGAUUAUUCGCGCCGUGGGUUGAUUGAUGGGAGAACGUGUCGACUUCCGACGGUCUUUGUGCGCGCUGGUGCACCGACUGCGGCUGCGUCGUCGUUUGUGUCGGGCAUCGUGCGCGAGCCGAUUCACGGCCAGGAGAGUGAAUUACCUGUGGAUCCCAGCAUUGGGAUUUGGCUCACUUCACCACGGGCGUUGGCUACCAACUUGGUUCAUGCGAUCAAGGUGCCUGCAGAGAAGUUUGGUCACUUUAGACAGGUUUUGCUGCCGGGAUAUACGGCGACGAGUGCGGAGAUUUUGGACGCGCUGGAAAAGGUUGCUGGGAAAGAAACGAGGGCAUUGGUCAAAGAGAAGAGGGAUGAGAAGACACAAACGAUUGUGCUGAGUUGGCCUGCGAAGUAUAAUACAGCAAGGGCGAAAGAGCUUGGCUUCAGUGAGGAUGUAGGAUUGGAGCAGACGAUUCGAGACUUUAUCGAGGGUGAGAAGCAGUCAUCAUAG